CCCUGUUACUGCAUCCCUCUCGCACUGCAGUUUAUGAGGACCACCACCAUUCUUAUAUCACAGGCACUGGAUUCACUGGAGCUAUAUAUAUUAUCAAGAGAUUGGUUGCUAAAAAAAAUACACAUAUAGAUUUCCAAUAAUAAUCUAUUAAAAAAAAAAAAAAAAAAGAUAGCAGAGUAAAGCAUCCUACGUGUAACCUGUCAGUGUUUAUUUUGCACAGAUAGCAACCCUGAGACCCGUGCUUUAGCAUCAUUCUCCUCUUUAUCUCGCUUCCCCGACACACUGCAGUUGCAUCUUUGUCAGGGAAUAUCCGAAGCAACGUAAUGUCUGGGAUGAUGGAGUUGUGGCUGUGGUGGAGACAAAUCGGUUGCUUCCUGGGGAUAUUCGCCACGAUCCUCGCAGGGAUCCCCGCUUUGAAAGCAGAGGAAGACCAGUCCCAGGACCUAGAGUGCAAAAUGAAGAGCGUCACCGUCUCUGCGUUGCCGUUUUUGAGGGAGAACGACUUGAGCAUCAUGCACAGCCCGUCCGCCUCGGAACCCAAGCUCCUGUUCUCUGUCAGGAACGAUUUUCCUGGAGAAAUAGUGGUGGUGGACGACCUGGAAAACACGGAGCUGCCUUUUUUUGUGCUGGAAAUCUCAGGCAGUGCUGAGGACAUCCCCCUGGUGCGAUGGAGACAGCAGUGGCUGGAGAAUGGAACUUUGCUCUUCCAUAUUCAGCACCAAGACAGCAGCCAAAAUCUACCAGGCAUGUCCCCUACAGACUACCCAUCAAACGAGUCUGCUGAGGAGGAGCUGCGCAUCCUGCACAUCUCUGUCAUGGGAGGGAUGAUUGCUCUUCUCCUGUCUAUCCUGUGCUUGGUUCUGAUUCUGUAUACUCGGCGCCGCUGGUGUAAACGCCGUCGGGUUCCUCAGCCCCAGAAGAGUGCCAGUGCAGAGGCAGCUAAUGAAAUCCACUACAUCCCCUCCGUGCUCAUGGGCGGCCAGGCCCGUGAGAGCCUGCGCAAUCCCCGUACCCAGUGCCACAACUCCACCCUCAGCAUCCGCGAGACCCCCAUCCUGGACGGCUAUGAGUACGACAUCACAGACCUGCGCCACCACCUGCAGCGCGAGUGCAUGAACGGGGGCAAAGACUUCACCAGCCAGGUCACCCGCACGCUGGACUCCCUACAGGGCUGCAAUGACAAAUCCAACAUGGACCUCACACCCGGGAGUGACAGUACCAAGCUGUCCCUAAUGAGCAAGUACAAGGAUAACAUCAUUGCCACCAGCCCUGUAGACACCAAUCACCAGCAAACAACUCUGCUCUCUCACACCUCCAGUAACCAGCGCAAGCGCCUCUCAAACAAAACUAGAGGUUCUCCACGAAGUCCAAUCAAUAAAACUACCCUGACUCUGAUCAGUGUUGUCAGCUGUGUAAUUGGUUUGGUCUACUCAUCUCACCUCACCUGCCCCCUUAAUGUUCGCAUCAUUCUCCACGUGCCUGAGCACCUCAUUGCAGAUGGAAGCAGGUUUAUUUUACAACAGGGGAGCCAGCUGGAUGGCAGGGACUGGUUGAAUCCAGCUCAGGUGCUGCUCUUCUACCAGCAGAAUGCCAGUGGGCCCUGGAUGACUGAGCUCUGCGGCUGUCGCCUCCUCGACCCUUGUGAGCACCAGUGUGACGCUGAGACAGGUGAGUGUCAGUGCUUUGAUGGCUACGUGAGAGAUCCUGUCCACAAGCAUCUCUGCAUUCGGAAUGAAUGGGGACCAAAUCAGGGUCCUUGGCCGUACACCAUAUUCCAGCGUGGCUUUGACCUGGUGAUGGGGGAGCAACCUUCUGACAGAAUAUUUAGGUUCACCUAUACUCUCGGAGAAGGGAUGUGGCUGCCUCUUAGCAAGAGUUUUGUCAUCCCACCAGCCGAAUUGGCCAUCAACCCCUCUGCCAAAUGCAAAACAGACAUGACCGUAAUGGAGGAUGCUGUGGAAGUCAGGGAGGAGCUGAUGAUCUCCUCAGCCUUUGACAGCCUGGAGGUCCUGCUCGACUCGUUCGGGCCAGUGCGUGACUGUUCGAAAGACAAUGGCGGCUGCAGCCGGAACUUCCGCUGUAUCUCUGACCGCAAACUGGACUCUAGCGGCUGUGUGUGCCCACCAGGUCUUAGCCCGAUGAAGGAUGGCACAGGAUGCUACGAUCACCACAUUGGGAUUGACUGCUCGGAUGGCUUGAAUGGGGGGUGUGGGCAGCUGUGUCUUCAGCAGUUGGCACCCUUGGCUGAAGACUCUUCUCUCUACAACAUCCUUAUGUUCUGUGGUUGCAUUGAAGACUAUAGGCUGGAGCCUGAUAGACGGUCUUGCCAGCUCCUUUCUGAGACAUGCACUGAAGGCUUAGACUGUGGGGAACCGGCCGACAUCCCAGCAAACCAGACGGUCUUUGGGGACCUCUUUUACGGCUACAAUAAUCACACCAAGGAGCUCACUUCAGGACAGAUCCUAAAGGCGACUUUCAGAGAGAAGAAUUUUGCCCGUGGGGUUGAGCAGCAGCUACCAGAUGCCAUGGUGGUGGCAUCAGUCCCGACAGAGGUCCAGUGCCAGGAGGAGCUGUUUGACCCAGUGCCUGACCCUGAAUACCUGACAGGUAUGGUAAAUUACAGCGAGGUGUCUGGCUAUCCCCUGGUUCAGCAUUGGAAACUGAAAUCAAUUAUGUAUCACAUCAGACUCAAUCAAUGGACACUUUCACAGGCCUUCAAUGCUGCAGUCCAUUCCUUGGAUGGAGCCACCCUGCGGAGUGAUUAUAUGUCUGUCCUAAAGGACUUUGGCAACCAUUUUGUCCAGGAGGCUGUCUAUGGGUUUGAGGAGAUGUGUACUAUUUGGUACCCCAAUAAACAGGUUCAGAGACAGUUAUGGGCAGAGUACCAAGACAUCAGCAAAGGGAAUUCUCCUUCUGAUGAAUCUGAAGAACGAGAAAAGGAACCCAAGACCCUCACAUUCCCAGCAUAUAUUGCCAGCCUUUUGGACUCGGGUGCCAAGCGAAUGGCGGCAGGUGUCCGGAUGGACUGUGGAAGUCAGGGUCAGUGCCCCUCGUCCUGUCACCUGUGUCACAUGAGCCCUGGGACGGGACGCUCCAUGGAGCCAGUGCUGCUCCAGAUCACCAAGGCAGCACCACUGUAUGAGCUGAUCUCCAACAAUGAAACCCAGAGGGCACUGCAGAAAGCCAUGAUGAGCAUGCUGUGGUGCUCAGGAAGUGGUGAAGUCAUCGAUGACUGGUGCAGGUGUGACUCCAGUGCUUUUGGAGUAGACGGGCUUCCUACCUGUGCAGCCCUUCCACACCCUGUGUUAAGGUUAUCUCAUGCCUAUGAACCAAGCAGCUCAUUGGUUGUCUUGGAAUGGGAGCACACAGAACCACCAAUUGGGGUGAGGAUUGUGGACUACCUCAUCAGCCAGGAGAAGGUGACGGAGAGGACAGACUAUUCGAAGGUGGAGACAGAAGCCAUGCUGAGUUUUGUGGAUGAUAUCCUUUCUGGCACCAAGUCUCCCUGUGUGAUGCUGGGAGGGAUCCCAGACCAGCUGACCUCAUCCAUUAGCAUGAUAAUCCGUUGCUUGGAGCCUGACACAACCUACAUGUUUCGGCUCUGGGCAGUGGAUAGCACAGGCCGCAGGUCCAGGUCGAGUGAAGUGACAGUCAAGACACCCUGUCCUGCAGUGGAUGAUGUGAAAGCACAAGAAGUAGCUGACAAGAUCUACAACCUGUUUAAUGGUUACACCAGUGGAAAGGAGCAACAGACAGCCUACAACACCCUGAUGGACCUGGGCUCUCCCAGCUUGCAUCGCGUCCUCUACCACUACAACCAGCGGUACGAGAGCUUCGGCGAAUUCACUUGGCGUUGUGAGGAUGAGCUAGGGCCCAGGAAGGCUGGGUUAAUCCUUUCCCAGUUAGAUCACCUCAGUGGCUGGUGCAGUGGCCUGCUUCAGGAGCCGAAGAUCGGUCUGCGCAGAGUCUCUCUGAAGUAUCUGGCCUGCCGCUACACUGACACAAAAUCCUUUGGCCUCAACUGGGUUGACCUGAGCCUCGACAUCAGAAAGGCCUGUGAAGAACAGGUGCUCGCGGUGCUGUAUAAUGACUAUGGGGAGCUCAAGGUCCUCUGAAGAGCAGACUUUCUUUGGCUGAAUGGAUGAUGGAUUGCCAAACAUUACUUGAGUCUGAGGGUACAUGUCUGGAUUGCAUUUUCCCUGAAACAAACCUGCUCUAACAUCUCAAGUUUCCCUAACACGGUUACACAUAACUAGAUUAAAGUAUCCUGUGCUGACUUCUCAAGUGAAGAAAAGUCAGGUUUUUGCUUCUAGAUGUUUGCUUUCCCAUCUACAUCCCAGCAUUGCUUCAAAAUAACAACCAGGGACAGAUUUCAGAACCCAAUGCAACAUGUCUCAUACCACUUUUACACACAAAUGCCGCUACUGAGCCAUCUCAGAGAUGUUUAGAAAAUUAUUUAAAAUACCCUUUCACAUGGCACAUACAGUAAUUACGCAGUCUAUGCUGGUAUAAUACUGUCAUAACCCUUUCACACAGCCAAAGGGAUCAUGCGAGUACAGCUUCCAGACCUGUCAGUCAGCAGAUCGUUUUCAUAGUUAUGAAACAAAACAAAUACAUAAAUAAGCAGAAUAACGUGGGUAAGCUACUUAACUAAUAAAGUUGCCUAUAUCAAUUUCUUCUCAUUUAGUGAAUGCUGCUGGAGAACUGUAGUGUACUGUAAACUUCCCUGUGCUUGCUUUGUCCUCUCUAUUAAUAGUAUAUGUAUAUAUGUGUAAAAUUGAAAUUAAAAUAUUUCUGGGGACGCAUUAAUAAUAUUAUUUUCAUUCAGCCGUCUGAUACCAACUUCAGUGUAUUAAAAGUUGUUGGCUUGUCUAUUACACAUACUGUCAACAGCUACAAUAAAUAUAUAUAUAUAUAUAUAUAUAUAUAUAUAUAUAUAUAUAUAUAUAUAUAUAUAUAUAUAUAUAUAUAUAUAUAUAUAUAGACAGUUUGAAGUGUCUGUUGUUCGCUUUGAGUUUCCUCUAUAUUCUCGAAGUCCCCCGAUCACAUUAACUGGAUUGUGCAGGGUCUGUGACCCCAAAUUCUACUGCACAGUUCCAAUUGCUGUAUCUGUUUAGUAGCUGCCACUUUUAGAAUUCUAAGGUUAACAAUUCCUCAACUUCUGGUCUCCAAUUACUACCUCGUUCUUGAUUAGCCAUUGCGUUUUAAAAAAACGUGCAACACCGCUGACAGAAAUACCCAACACGUCUGGCAUACAGUCACGUGAGAUUUUAACGUUUAAUAUAUGGCCACAAUAGAGCUUCAGUGCUGACAUAGCUUUUCACACAGGACUUGAGAUGGUUCAGUGUUCAGAGAAGGCAUCAAAUACGACUGCUUUGUGACGGUGUAGGAAAUUCUCACAGACCAAAAUGCUGCGUCAGUGCCAGUUCUGAGCCAUCAUAACUCAUCUGUGUGAAGGCGGUUUCAGAUAGGUGAGCCAUAUCAUCCCUCCUGUGUUAAACUCACUGCAAUCUGAGACUUGGGAUGUAUUGGAAGAAGUUUUUUGGGGGGAAUAAAAGUCUUAGAAUCAAUCCCAAAAAUUUAAGUAAUAUUUUUAGUGACUAUUUCAUUUUCUUAAAAUGUUGAUUGCAGUGCUUGACUGUAGAGGUAAAUUGUGUUUAUGACUGUUGUUUUUUUAUAUAACAAACACAGAACAGUGUUAUUAACAGUAAGUGACAAGGUGUGCCCUGCCAUGUUUAUCGAGUUUUAAGGCUUGUAAACCUCAGUAACAUUAUAUUAUGUCAAAAACACUGAAUUGCAGGGUCAAGUCCAAAAAAGUGAUUUAAAAUAACAGCCAGACACUGUAGGAUCACAGUACAGUUAGGCUAUAUA